AUGGCUGAAGCACUUGUGAUUGGAGCUUUAGUUAAUGGCUUGGCCAACGUUGUUCUUGACAGGCUCAUUUCAUCUGAGUUUGUCAACUUGGUGGUGGGCAAGAAGCUGGAUCGGAAGUUGGUUGACAGGCUGAAGACUGCUAUCUUGGCUGCCAAAGCUCUGGCUGCUGAUGCUGAGCAGAAGCAGUUUGGAAACGAACUCGUCAGGGAGUGGCUUGAUGGUCUCAAAGAUGCUCUCUACAAUGCUGAUGACUUGCUGGACCGUGUCUUCAUCAAAGCUCAAAUUCACAACAAGGUACGCAUUCGUCUUCCUCACUUCCUUGAUCUAUCUAGUAGGGAGAUGGUAACCAAGAUAGAAGAGGUGGUUGAAAGAAUAGCAGAUCUUGAGACUCGCAAAGAUACCCUUGGUCUCAAAGAGAUUCCAACAGGAAGCUCCUCGUGGAGACCUCCAUCCACUUCUCUUGUGAAGGGGAAUGUGUUCGGCAGGGAUGGUGACCAACAGGCACUAAUCAAGAUGCUCAAUGACAACAAUCAUCAUAACUUGUCCGUCAUCUCUAUUCUUGGUAUGGGCGGUGUUGGUAAAACUACUUUAGCGCAAUGGCUCUACAACAAUAAGGAUUUGAUGGACGGGGUUGAUCUGAAAGCAUGGAUUUGUGUUUCUGAAAAUUUUGAUGUUGUUGAGACUACUAAGAAUGUUAUAAAGGGGAUCUCUUCGGGUGUUUGUAGUCUUGACAGCUUUGAUUUACUUCAACAAGAUUUGAAGAAAAAACUGUCAGAAAAGAAGUUCUUCAUUGUUUUGGACGAUGUUUGGAGUGAAGAUGCUGAUAAGUGGAAUAGUUUUAUCACCCCUUUUCAACAUGGGACAAAGGGAAGCACUAUUCUCCUAACUAGCCGCAAGGUAAAUGUUGGUCGAAUAGUCCAACACUAUAACUCUUACACCCUCAAUCAACUGUCAGAUGAUUAUUGUUGGUCUAUUUUUGCGGACAAUGCAUCCUUUCCUGAAACAAAUGGGAGCUCAGAACUCGAAAGAAUAGGUAGAAAGAUUGUCAAGAGGUGUGAUGGCUUGCCGUUAGCUGCAGAAACACUUGGACGGUUGUUGCGCUCAGAGCGUCAUGUUGAAGAAUGGAAUAAAAUACUAUCAAGUGACAUUUGGGAAUUUCGUUUAGCAAAUUGUAAGAUUGUUCCUGCAUUGUUAUUAAGUUACCAUCAUCUGCCUACUCAUUUAAAAGGUUGCUUUGUUUAUUGUUCAUUGUAUCCCAAAGAUUAUCAAUUCGAUAAGGAUGAAUUAAUCCUGCUAUGGAUGGCUGAAGAUCUUUUGCGGCCUCCAAAGAGGGGAGAGACUUUAGAAGAAGUUGGUUGCGAGUGUUUUGAUGAAUUGGCUUCAAGACUAUUUUUCAAGCAGGUCCAGAACUAUAUUCAGAAGUAUUUUGUGAUGCAUGAUCUCAUGCAUGACUUGGCAACUUUUCUUGCUGGAGAUCUUUGUUGUAGAUUUGGUGAAAAAGAAGAGAUGAGUAUUCUAACUCGGCAUUUGUCAUACAAUCAUUCGAUUCCUGUGAAAACAUGCUCCUCUAGUAAAAACAAAUCUUUGAGGACAUUAUUGUAUAUCAAUAAUGGAUCUCCUUUCUGGAAACCACGCACAACAUUACAAUGUGACAUAUUGUCAAAGAAUAAAUAUUUGAGAGUUUUGUCCUUUGAUACACUCGAUAUAUUUCAAUAUUCAAUAGCUAAAAAAUUGAUCCAAUUGCGUUAUUUGGAUCUAUCUUGGAGUGAUGUUAAGAUAUUGCCUGAGUCAUUAUGCAACUUGUGCAAUCUACAAACUUUGAAGUUAGAAGGCUGUUCAAAGCUGACUAUGCUGCCCAAUGGCAUGUAUAAUCUUGUGAAUUUGCGGCAUCUUAAUAUAAGGCGUACGCCUCUGGAAAAAAUGCCAAAAGGAAUGGGCAAAUUAAAACAGUUGCACAUUUUAAGCAACUUUGUGGUGGGAAAACAAGAAGACAAUGGAAUCCAAGAGUUAGGAGGGCUUUUAAAUCUUCAUGGAUCACUUGAGAUUCAGAAAUUGGAGAAGGUGGUUGAUGCAAAUGAGGCAAGGAGUGCAAGGAUAAUAGAUAAGAAGCACAUUGACGACUUAUUGUUGAAAUGGUCUCUGUCUUCAGGUGAUGAUAUGGUCUCAAACACACAUACUGAUGAACAAGAUAUACUUGGGGGCGCUUGCAACCACACACUGGCUUGA